GUGUCAUCUACUCAUCUAUCAUCUUCCUUCAAUCCAAAGUUUACGUUCAGUCUGCUAUUUAUCAGCAGAUAGUGUUUUUAUUUUGUUUCUUUUUAGAAUUGUGAAUUUUAGGUUCAGUUUAGAUUAAUAAUAUUACUUAACAUAGAUAUUUCCUUCUUUCAUCUCUUCUAAAUUACGAGUUACGUGGCAAUCAAUUAUUAAUUAUAACCUAUAAAUGGUAUUUUCAAACGUGUACUAACCUAAUAAAAACAUUAUUUUGUUUGGACCAUUAAAAAAUGAUAGAAGUUUCAGCAAAACUUGUUGGAGGACCAAUAUAUUUGCCUGGAGAGAGUAUAGGAUGUUGUAUAACUUUCACGAACCCUCCAGUGCCCUCUGAUACAAGAUCUAGGAGUAAUAAAGAUGUCCUCGAAACUCUUGCGUGGGCUAGUGCUCAAAUACAUUGUUUGAGAUCCACUAGUGAUAAAAUCAACAUAUCAACACCAGAAGCUGUGGUACCUGAAGAAGUGUGUAUUUCCAGCUCAGAAACGUCUUUUGCUCCUUGUAGAGGUGAUCGAGGGAAGAUAGUUCUCUCUACGAAGCCAAAAAUAUUAUUUUGUGAUCUCAGAUUGUCUCCUGGAGAAAGUAGAACAUAUCUUUAUACAGAAGUUCUGCCCAACCAAUCACCACCUUCAUAUCGUGGCCAACUUGUCAAAUACUCUUACAAGAUAACUGUGGGAACACAACGAGUCAAUUGUCCUAUCAAACAACUUCGAGUUCCCUUAAGAGUACUCGUUAUAAGUGGUACUCCAGAGAUAGUGACAAGCGAAGAAAGCGUGGACUUGUCGCCGAGCAACCCUUUUCUCGAGGAUUCCAGUGAGAAGUCAGGGUCGGCACCACAACAGCAUGCUGCCAUUGAGCUAAUGCAGAAUAUCACCGCUAGGCGCAGUCCAAACGUCUACAACAUUACACACACCAAUGGCAAGGUGGCCAGAUUCUGCCUGUUCAAGCAGGCGUACAAGCUGGGCGAAGACAUAGUGGGCACGUUCGACUUUGUGGGUGCAGCGGUGCGCUGCGUGCAGCUGACGGUGACGCUGCAGUGCGAGGAGGUAAUCGCCGACGCCUUCCGGGCCAAAGCCAAGCAGGACCGGGCCGUCAUCUCCUACAGCAACUGCCACGAGGUCUGUCUCAGCGUGCGUCAGUGUGUGCUCAAUCUGCCCAUUCCGCUGCACGUCACACCCGCCUUCGACACCGAUGUUGUUUCAUUGAGGUGGCGUCUGCAUUUCGAAUUUGUUACUACAGAUUCGGACUCUGAUCUGUUUUCUGUGGAAAAGGACUCUACGACGUGGCAAGGCCCACAAUCGCUGUCCAUUGAGACGAUGAUCUGGGAUCUGCCCAUUCAGAUCUAUCCCACCGUUCUCACUCCCGAUCCCCAUUCACAAGUCAAAUAUAGUAUUGAUAUAUAAGUAUAACUUUCCAGUGCUUUAGUGAAUUUUUAAAGCUGGACUGUGUUUUACGAUCAAUGGAAGCAUCUCUUGGAGACCAUUCAGCUACAUCUAUUAUCAUUUCCACACAACGCAUUGACGUAUAUAAAAUAAAACAGAAUGACUUCUUUAUUUGUUGACAUGGUGAAGUUUGGACAGUAAUAUUUACUCUACCACUUAACCACGUCUUCCAAAUACAAUGGAAAUGAUACAGAGAUAAAUUAGAAACAGAAGGAAAAUAACCAAUAAAUGUGAAAGUUCUAAAGAAUAAUUUGUGAGUGCCCUUCUCUAUUAAGGAGUGAAUUUUAGCUGUAAUGAAGUGGUGAUAGUCUGGAUAUAAGUUUCCCUCCAUUACAGUUGUAUUUUAAAUCACAAGCGUUCUUCUCAGAUGAAGUGGCUAGAAAAAUUUGCAUGGUUAGCAUAACCAUGAAAAAUGUGUAUCUACUUUUUGUAAAUACUGUGUGUUAAUCCCACAUACAGAAAAUGUAGAGAAGGGAGGUCACUAACUAAUAGUAGGAAUGCUGCUCAGCUUUUUAAUAAAUUAAAAUAAACUAAGGAACUGUUUUUUGAAAGCGAGAAUCAGUUUUGAUGGCUGAAAAGUACAAGAUCAAUAUUGGAAACCUUGUCAAGAUCGUUGUUAAAAUUGACAAAAUGAGAGGUCAAUGGUACGAUGGAGCUUCCCUUAUGAGUAGGCAAUUUAGAGUAAUUCAAGCUGCUACAUAAGAGUGUGAUUACUAUAGGCAUUGUAUACACAUUUUUCCUCAGACUCUCUCCAUUUCUGUUUGUCAGUGUUUGUGUUUGCUAUAUAUCUUUAAUAAGAACAAUAAUAAUAUUGUAGUUAAAUACUAGCAUAAUCAUUCCCUAUCUUGAUUCGUGGUGUUUCUAGAGUUUCUUCUUGUGUACAUAAAAAUAUUUAUAUCUAUAACUAAAAUUAUUUGUACAGUCGACAAUGUAAAUAAAAAAUUUGUAACAAUGA